AUGGCAGCGAACAUGAAGGACUUGCCUUCAGCACAUGAGGUGUCCAAUUCUGAGGUACCUGCUCCGCAACCUGGACAUGAACCUGCCAAGAUUCGAUUUACGAUCAAAGGUCAGCACCCUAAGGAAUAUCAUGCAGCACAGCGCAAGAACGAAUCUUCCACGGCGAAUGGACUCUCAUAUCUCGAGUUUGUAGAUGCGGUACGUGGCCCGGGAGCCCAACACCGAGCUGUCCAGACGACACCCCCCAAGCAGACGAGUGGCGGAGCACAAUUCUUUGUUGCCCCAGAAGCCAUCGUAGAGGUGGUAGUACACAUCGACGAACGUCACUGUCCCGCGUUCAGGCAGUUCGUCUCAAGGUGGAUUAUGUCGAAUUGGACCGUGGACGCCAGCACUGGAGACAUUUGCAACAUUCGCCACCAGCCCUACUAUGGAUGGCAAAGUAUGGAAGCAGGCAACGAUUGGACCCCCGUCCAGCUCGCUGCAUAUGUUGCUUUUGCACGAUACAAGAACCAGGUGAUCAGUGCGGACCUCCGGGGCAAGCUAGAGGCAUUCAGAGAUCGAUUCAUCCGAGAUGGUGUCGGUUGGCCGGUACUUCAUUGGACUCUGCCGUUCGGACCGCAGUUCAUGUCUCGCAAUCUGGAGAACUACACUGAACCAGUUGGCCAUGCGUCAGCGGCCCUAGUUCAGGAUAGCCUUCUCCAGCCACAGCCCGAUGCGCGAGGACCUGGUGUCCCAUUCGCCGCAGAGGUCCAUCUGGGCAGGACAAAACUUGUGGAGAAGCCGAAGGCCGCUUCUCGAUUCACUGAACAACCGGUACCGACGCAGAAGCCGGAGAGGGCUCCUCGACCCAAGAAGCGAAAAGCAGAACCGGUCUUUGAUGAAGCGAACGAUAGAGCCAUGAGAGCGUUUUGCAGCGACGUAAAUUACGUCCGCGGUUACGUCGAUGCUCUCAAGAAGCAAAAAACGUACGGAGACUCUCAGCUCAUCGGAAACUCUCAGCCUUUUGGAAACUCUCAGCCCUUCGGAAAUUCUCAGCUCGUCGGAAACUCUCAGCCCUUCGGACCUAGAUAUAUGUCGAGUUCUGCGCUGCAAUCGAACGGUGAUGAGGCAGGCCAUGCACCUACGAACCUCGGACAUCCCCGCUUGUCAGGAAGUCAAGCCCAGUACGAGCAGGCUGCGCUGGCGCGAGAACCUGGAGGCUCCUCCGUCAUCAAUGCUCAGGCCAGCUUUGGUGCUAUUCCCCGAGCUUCCUCUACGGGACGAGGUCCGCUGUUUCAGGGCCCGCUCCUCCAGGGCCCGCUGCUCCAGGGCAGCGCAGCACCCUCCUCAAGCCUGGGUUCAGGCCAAGGAUUCGUCCAAACCUCGACUACUAGAACUGCUGGUUUAUCGGACCCGUUCAUUGGAGGUAGCCAGGGACACCUCCGCGGUCUCAACGGCUUACAACGUGUGACUCCGCAGCCAACGCACGACAGACGUCCAUACAACGGGGUUCUGCCUACCGCGCAGCGCGCUUAUCACGCCAACAACCAACCCCGGGAUGCGUAUGACUACUCUUCGAAGCCUGAUGAUGUCGAGGUGCUCCGUCGCUUCCAAGCCCAGUAUUAUGCCAACAGACGUCAUGGACAGUAG